AUGCUAGAAAAUGAAGAUGAUUAUGUCCAGGUUAAUCCUGUUACUGAAGAAAAAGACUUAGGAAUAACUUUUGAGCCUAACCUUAAGUUUGAUAAACAUAUUACUAAAUGUAUGAAUAAAGCCAAGAGAGUCUUGGCAUUAAUCCGUAUUUCCUUUGACUAUUUGGAAAAAGAUAUGUUUAUUAUUUUAAAUACAUCAAUCAUACGUCCCUUGUUGGAAAACUUCACCCCAGUGUGGUCACCAUAUUUAAAGAAAGAUAUAAGGAGAAUUGAAAAGAUCCAGCGUCGAGCUUCCAAAUUAGUGCCUAGUAUAAAAAUGUUAAGAUAUGUUGAAAGAUUGAGAGCCUUGGGCCUUCCAACACUUGAAUACAGAAGAGAUCGUUAUGAUAUGAUACAAUGA